AUGGACAGCAUACGUGUCGCUCGAGUUGAAAAUGUUCUCCUUGAACGUCCCAUACCCCCAACGACACCUGAUGGAACACCUACCCGUCAACGACUCGACGGAACCCUUCAUCUCACACCUCAUCACCUCAUCUUCUCCCCUACGCCUGAUGACCCAUCUUCAUCCAGGUCUCCUUCUCAACCAGAAGAGAUAUGGGUCCCAUAUCCUUCCAUAACAUUACUCACCCGAUUACCUCAAGGUAUACAAGGUUUAUAUCCACUUCAAAUCCGUACGAGGACAUUUGACAGCUAUGUCUUUUUAUUCCCUAAAGCUAUGGAAGGUGGUGCUGAGGAUGUUUGGCAGAGUGUGAAGGACUGUGCUGUUGCAUCUUCAGUGGAACAACUAUACGCCUUCUUCUAUUCCCUACCACCACCUGACCCUUCUGGUUCUCAUUCAUUUACGAAAGAAUCAACAUUCUCACCAGAUGCUCCUUCACCUUUGACGACCUCCCCACCGAAAGCUCUUUUACCCUCUUUGAUGCCUGCUAAUCCAUCUGCCGAACCGUCGACAGGAUGGGGAACGUUCAACCCCCGAGCAGAGUUCGCUCGUCAAGGUGUAGGAUCUCGUACCAAAGCUUGGAGGUUUACAGAUAUCAACAAAGAUUAUUCCUUUUGUCCUACAUAUCCUAGCAAGCUGGUCGUCCCUAGUCGCAUAAGCGAUUCAACUCUUGUAUACGCGGGCAAAUAUCGUAGCAAGGCAAGAAUACCCGCUCUGACCUAUCUUCACUGGGCCAAUCAGGCUUCGAUUACACGAUCAUCUCAACCUAUGGUCGGUCUGAAAAACUCUCGAUCAGCACAAGAUGAACGUUUAGUUGAAUGUAUCUUUUCAUCACACCUCUCAGCUGAGAACGCCUACUUCCAAACCGCCCCAGAUCCCCUUUCUUCCGUUCAAACCUCCCCUUCCUCCGCCAUCGCAUCCUUACCCCCAAUUUACGGAUCCACCUCGACCAAUCUCAUCAUCGAUGCUCGGCCAACCACGAACGCUAUGGCAAACGUGGCCAUGGGGGCAGGAACAGAAAAUAUGGACAAUUAUCGAACUGGCAAGAAAGCGUAUCUAGGGAUCGACAACAUUCACGUCAUGCGUAACUCCCUUCGAACCAUUGCUGAAGCUAUCGUGGAGUCAGAGAUGACCAGUACUCCCAUAGAUCGAGGUUUACUAAGGAAGAGCAAUUGGUUACGACACAUAUCGACUCUAUUGGACGGUGCUUUAGUCAUCGUUCGUAAUAUCCACUUGAACGCAUCUCAUGUCCUCAUACAUUGUUCAGACGGAUGGGAUCGGACAUCUCAACUUUCAGCCGUGGCGCAAAUCUGUCUCGAUCCGUAUUAUCGUACCCUACACGGGUUCAAGGUGCUUAUAGAGAAAGAUUGGUUAGCGUUUGGCCAUAAAUUUCUUGAUCGGUCAGGACAUCUUUCUUCAGAGAAGUUGUUCACCGUGACAGAUGUUCUUGAUGACGAAUCGGAUGAGGAAGCUCCAAAUGGUGCACAACGUGCUGCGCAAGCUUUUUUCGCAAGCGUGCAAAAGCAAUUUGCUAGUAAAUCUCAUUUGAAAGAAAUUUCACCAGUCUUUGCUCAAUUCCUUGAAUGUGUUUAUCAAAUCAUGCGUCAAUAUCCCAAACGAUUCGAGUUUAACGAGAAUCUUUUACUUGACAUACAUUAUCAUCUCUACGCUUGUCAAUUCGGUACUUUCUUAUUCAACAAUGAACGUGAUCGUAGAGUACCCAUAUCUGGAAAACCUUAUGUAAAUCGUACAGUUUCCGCAUGGGAUUGGUUCGAUCGACCUAAACAACAAGAAGGAUAUCUCAAUUCGGAAUAUGAUCCCAAGCUGGACGAAUCUACAUCUCGGGAGAAUAGCGCGGAUCAAGGUGUGCUCAUGCCUGAUCCCAAGGAUGUCAAAUUCUGGUUCAGACUUUUUCGAAGGGGGGAUGAAGAGAUGAAUGGGUCAAAGUUGGCAUUACAACAAGCUCCAGGAGCUGAUAUGUUAGGACCGGUGGGUGCAGGUCAACCAGAUCCUAUCUCAAUCGAAGGUGUCAUUUCUGGAUUAUCCAUCUCCACAUCGGACAAUAUCAUCUCCACACGAUCAUCUACCAACCCCUCUCCGGCUCCACCGGAAUCAAGGUCAGUUCCGAAUCUCAUGGAAGAAGAGAGGAAGAAAGAUACUUUCAGACCUUAUUCCACUUCGUCAGCUUUUUCCCUUCAACCGCAUGGGAGACAAUCUCAGACACAAAACACUUCGACUGGGGGGUGGAAUUGGGGACAAUUGUCACAAAUCUCAUCUGGAGCGUUGAAUGUGAUACAAGGAGCAGCGAGGGAGAUCAAGAAUAUCUCACAGGACGCUUUGAGUCAGAUCCGAGCAGAGGGAAAUGCGGAUGGAGAGACUUGGGAGAGAGUAGACGCAGCGAGUCAAUACCCGGCUCCUGGUUUACCAGCGCCGAGAUUACCUACCAGUUUAGCUCAAGGAGGGUUGAGGAUACCGUCAGAGACGAAUCCUUGGUCUACUGAAACGACUAUGAAAAGAGAGCCGAGUCCGGUCAAUCCGUGGGGAAACAAAUUGGGUCAAUCUAUCAGUACUUCAGAACUGUCAGGGAAGGAAGUGGGAGCGGGGAUUGGGGAUGAGGGCAAGAUGGGAAAAGAUGAAGAUAAGGUCAUCGUGGAAGCAGCUAUGGGAGGCGAGAGGAAAGCUUGGGAUCCACUUGGAGCGUUGUAGAUUUUAGACAUAUCAACAUUUCACGUCUGACGUUCAUAUCAGUCUUUAUGACAUGUCAUGAGUCAU